AUGCCAGACCUUUGGCAUUUCGUUCCGCCCAUCUCGGUGGCGGAUGCCGACUCCAAGCUCCAAGCAGAGAUCAAGCGCCGGCGAAGCGAUCGCGAGCGCGAGCGCGCCAGUUUGCCGCUGGCGCGGAAUCUCGCCUGGGCCUUUUGGCGGGAGAUGGUGCCGGCGAGCCUCUUCAAGCUCUGUGCCGACCUCCUGCGCUAUGUCCCGGCCUUUCUCCUCUCAGAGCUGUUGAAGCUCCUGGAAAAGCACGGCAAGGCGACGGCCUCCAAAGAGGCGCUGCUCUUGGCCUUGCUGCUGCCCUUCUCGACCAUCGCUCAGGCGAUCUUGGUGAAUCAGUACUUCUGGCACUCCUUACGCCUUGGCGCGACUGUGCGGGCGGCUCUCAUCGCAGCCCUCUUCCGGCGCACGCUACACUUCGAGUUGGGCCGCCAUGUAGAUGGCGGACAGCUGUGCAACAUCCUAUCGUCUGACUCUACUCGGGUCAGCGCUGCCUGUGGAUGCAUCAACAUGUUGUGGUCGGCUCCCCUCCAACUCUGCAUUGCACUCUUCAUGCUUUGGCGGCAGCUGGGUGUACCAGUGCUGGCGGGCAUUUGCUGCAUGCUUGCGAUGCUCCUUGCGCAAGUUGGCAUUUCGCAUUUGGUGGCGCAGCAGCGGACCCGCAUCGCCCAGAGCGCUGACCGCCGCCUGCGGCGCAGCUCCGCUGCUCUGCAGGCCAGGGCAGCUCUGAAGCUUCAGCGCUGGGAGGCCCUUUGCUUCAAGGAGGUCCAGGAGUUUCGGGGUAAGGAGCUGGCGGCGCUGCGCUGGGAGGCGGUGCUCAAGGCCUUCUCUUCCACCUUGGCCACCAUUGCUCCUACCGUCGUGAGCCUCGCAACUUUUACUGUCUAUACUUUGUCCGGCGGUCUUCUCCGGGCGUCCUCAGUCUUUUCAGCCUUGGCUCUCUUCAAUGCCAUGCGUGCACCGCUUUCGUCCCUGCCGGAGCUUUUCUCGUCGCUGGCACACGCUCAGGUGGCCUUGUCACGUUUUGAACAAAUCCUUUUGGAGGAGCCCACACCGCAGAGGCGGCUCUCUCACGAGGGCCGGCCUGUCAAGCCUAAGCAGCGCGCCAGGCCGAUGCCGCGGCUGUCGCCCGCACUGGCCAAGCCAAUGCAGGCGCUACACUUGCCAAGUACAGAUCCUCGACCGGCGCGGAGGAAAUCCGCGGCGCCCCGUCUUUCAUCUCAAGGAGACUCCUUUGGUGAUGAUUCCUCAAGCUCAGGUGCAGACGACGAGUCAAUGGCGCCUCCAGUCUUAGAGCUCUUCGAUGCCAGCUUCAGCUGGCGAGAAGACGUGGGAGAGUCAGAGCUGCCCCAAGUUGAGCAGCGCCAGAGCGUCCGCAGCUUCAAGCGAUCGCUCUCCCUGCCCAGCCCUCUGCCCGUCGGCAUGCAGGUGCUGCCGGAGCUAUCAACUCUCCCCACUCCGCCCACGCCACGGGCUGUGAGGCAUCAUCAACACGUUCAGGAGGACGAGUCGAUUCUGAGAUGCAUCAACCUCUCCUUGCGGCCUGGCCAGCUCAUGGCUGUUCUCGGUGGCGCAGGCAGCGGCAAGACCACUCUGCUUAUGGCACUUCUGAACGAAGUUCCCUGCAUAGCAGGGCGCUCUUUGGUUCCUGGUAAAACGAAAAAGGUGAAUGGAGCAGUGGCCUAUUGCGGUCAGCAGCCCCACCUCAUUCGUGGCACCGUCCGGGAGAAUGUGCUGUUUGGCAGGCCCUAUGUGGCCCACCGCUACAUGGCCGCAUUGCGCUCCUGCGGGCUGCAAGACUUGGCCCAGGCUGGCGACCGAGCACCCCAAGUUCCCAAACUUUCUGGCGGCCAGCGCGUGCGAGUUGGCAUCGCCCGCGCCCUUUAUGGCCACCCUGAGCUGUGCUUGCUGGAUGACCCUUUUGCGAGCCUUGAUCCUCCUACCUGUUCCCUUGUUUGGCACCACGCCAUUCGAGGACUGCUGAAGCAAAGCGCCGUGGUUUUCACCACCUCUUCAGCUCAACUGGCCAAAGCUGCCGAUUUGGUUCUUGUCCUGGAGGACGGCUUAGCUGCUUUCGGCACCCCAGCAGAUCUGCGCUUCAAUAGCAACCUCACCGAAUCGCUCUUGGCGGACGAUGCGGAAGACGUGUCCUUCCUGGCGCCCUCAAGGAGCUUGGACUCGACCCCCGCGAUUUCAGAGGGCCUUCCACCCGCGCAGAAGAACCCCACAGGCGCUCUGCCGUUGCCGGCUCCGGUGCUGCAAGAGCUGCACGCCCUGUGGCCCAAGGCGCCCAUCCAGGCCCUGGGCCAGUAUCCAGCCGUGCCAAGGUUUGCUACGGCUAUGCCAUGCGCUUCGGAGGCGGAGGUGCCAUUUUCGCGCUGUCCUUGGUCCUGUUCUUCGCCUCCCAAGCCAGCAUUGUCAUUGUGGACUGCUGGCUUGCACGCUGGUCAGCCUUGCCAGCGUCAGCACAAGGCCAAAGUGGCGGAGGGCUGGCUCGGAAUCUUCUCGUGCCCGGGGGCUCAGCUGACAAGGCAUAUCUCAAGCAAGUGCCAUAUUCACAAGUUCCACGAUGCCAACAGCGGGGUGCACCGGUUUCACGGCAAAACGUUCAUGCUGCUGGCCCUGCUGGCAGCAAUCAUGGUCACUCUGCAGGCAGCCUCUUGGCCUAUGCUUUGCCUGCGCGCGUCUUCGCGCCUGCAUGCUGACGGCCUUUGGCAUGUGCUGACUGCCCCUUUGGACACGGCAGCUGCUCCCGGCAACUUGCUCUCCCGAUUUGCCAAGGACCUGGACAGUUUGGACUCGCGGCUGCCGGCACUUCUGGCGCAGGCCUUGGCGUGCGUCGCCGCGCUCUUCUCUGCCCUCACGGCCAUCCUCGUCGCCUCCCCCGCCUUGGCGCCCGCGGCGUUUCUGCUCGGUCUGGUGAUGUGGCGCUUGGCCUCCGCUUAUUCGCCGGUGGCCUCGGAGGGAGCGCGCAUGAGCUCGGUGCUCAACGGGCCGGUGGUGGCGCACCUCUUGGAGUGCCUCGAGGGCCGGGAGUACCUCAGGACCUUCGGGCAGACGCAUGGGGCCCAGCUGCACGCGCUGGCGGUCCUGGAGGCGAGCGCCAGGGCACAGAUUCUGAAUGUGGCGCUGCAGCGGUGGUUUGCUCUGCAGCUCGAACUGAUCGGGGGUGCCAUGCUGCUGUUAGUGGCGGUGACUUGCGUGUGCACCAAUGCCCAUCUGGGCAUGUCCGGCUUGUCCCUGACUUACGCGCUGACAUUGACUGCACUCGCCAAAUACCUGGUGAACUACGGCACCCGCGCCUUCGCGCAGCUCGCCUCCGUGGAGCGGCUGCUGCACCUCACCGAGCUACGCUCCGAGGAGGCUUUGCACCGAGAGGUUGAGCAGCCUUCUGGAGGCAGCCCCCCGCCAGCGUGGCCGACAUCUGGCUGCCUCGACCUGCAGUCGUACCAACCUACCUAUGCGCUCGACAAGCUUGCAGGAUCACCCGAGGCUUUCCCCUUGGCCCCGCUGACGCUGAGCGUGAAGCCCAAAGAGCACCUUGCGCUGGUGGGCACAUCGGGGGCCGGGAAGACCUCGCUGCUGGCGGGGAUCUCGCGGCUGCUGGCCGUCGGCGGCGGCAAGCUGAUUUUGGACGGCUGGGAGGCGCGCUGUGUGGCUCUGGGAAGGUGGCGUGGGGCGCUGCUGUGCCUCCCGCAACAGCCGCUCCUCUUGGCGGGCAGUGUGCGCCACAACUUGGACCCUGAGGGCAUUGAGUCGGACGCUUCCUUGUGGGAGGCAUUGCGACUGGUAGGCCUUGACUCACGCGUGCGACUCCGGGAGGCGGCAUCGCCCCAAGUGCACUCGACGGAAGCUUCCGACAACGAGGAGCGGGGCGAGAUCUGCUGGGGGUGCGGUCUGGAUGUCGAUCUUGAACUGGACGAGCGCAAGGAGUCACCAGCAGCAGAGCCUUCACCAUCACCAUUGCGACGCAAUGGCGCGUCCUUGUCCCGGAUUCAAGAGGACCAGGUCUGCGACACAGACGUCACGCAGUCAGCAGGCAGCGCCAAGAUGUCGCCAAUCGGCAGCAUCGGAGCAAGGAGGCUGCAGCUAUCCGGGGGCCAGCGCAGGCUUCUGGUUUUAGCCAGACUACUUCUGAGAAGGAGAAGUGCUCACCUGGUACUGCUGGACGAGCCCUUCGCUGGUAUGGAGCAAAGUGAGGUCACUCCGUUGCACAGCAUGCUCAAGCAGCAGCUUGCUCAUGCUGCCUUGAUGGCCGUGACGCACAGGCUGCUGCCAAUUCUACACUUCUUCUCCCGCAUCCUCGUCUUCGAGAAAGGCUGUUGCGUGCAGGAUGCUUCACCAGCAGAGCUGCUGGCGGUCGAGGGACAUGUGCAGCAGCUCUUUCUGCAGGCGCCCAGCCGCCUCCAGAGCCACGUGGAGCGCAUGAUGGCCUUGAGACGCUCUGAGGGGCUUCAUGCCGUACAGACGCUGCUGCAGUCUGUGAACAGCACCGGCCAAAGCGAGUCGGAGCCACCUCUGACUUAG